AUUAUCGAAAUUUCCGCAGAUGCAAAUCAACCAGGCAAAUAUACUAUGUGGAUUCUGAUUGAGUCCCCGAACUCCAGCUCGCCUCCAAUCGUGCAGCCAGUCAGUCUGUUAGUACCCCGUCGAUUCUAUGUGAAUUUACGCACUCCUAAACCAAACGAUUCCGGUCCGUUAUAUCGCAAGGUUGCUGGAGUGAGUCAUAGCACUGGUGGUUCGGCUACUGGGACAGCUUCCGGCGCUGGUGGACGCUUGCUUCCACGAAGUCACACUCUGUUCCAUUUGUACGAGUACACAGUACCGGAGGAUGUGUACGCGUUACAUGCCACAGAUAUUGCUGCAGAUCUGGCUAGACCCGAUAUCGAGGGCGUAUACGAGUUAAACAUGCCAUCCUUGUUUCGUGCACUCAUGCGACUGGGAUGUUUGUGCAAAGUGGAUCGGGAAUCGCUAAAAUCCUCUUAUCCGGGGGCAUCGUUAGAGGAGGCGGUGUUCCAUUUGGAUCAUCUCCGUUUCUGCUCCCUAGCUCAACAUCCGUAUUUGUCCACCAAAGCGUUUCGUCACGCUUUUCUAUUUCACUUCCAACAGCCGUCACCGGGUCCUGUCGCGACUGGUCGACGUGAUGCAAUCCGGCAACUUUACCUGCUCGUGGUGCCCUGGAUGGCCUGUGGGUAUGUCUGUUUAAUCGACAGCGCCCGUGUAAACCAACUGCCAGAUUUGCCCACUCUGUAUGCCCGCCAACGAGCCAAACUAGUUGGUGCUUCUCAGCCUUCCGAUUUCCCCCCGGAAUCAUUAACUUUUGAGGUUCGUGUAGAAACCGAUUUGGCAACUGGGCGUCGUGUUGUCCAGCGUUGGUUAGCUGCGAUACGCCAGGGAAAACGGAGUGAAAUUGUAACAUCCUCUGCGCAUGUGUCCUCGUCUACCACAGUCUCAACCGCUCCUGUCCUUGUCCUCUUGCAUGCAUCGGUUCCCAAUACUCCAAUCUCUUCGUCAGCCGCAGUCGAUGCGAAUGAAAUCGGCUGGUCUCUAGGCGAAGCUAUGACUGCACGGCGUCGUACACCUCAACUACCUUCCCUAACCGAAUUCCCGGUCGUUCCGUUGGCUGGGACACUGGAUGAAAGCGAUUCACCGACGGGAGAAGAGUUGGAUCCAAGCGCAGAUGCGUAUAGUCUGUUAAAUUGGCAACAAACGGCGAUAAAACGUGGAAUCCGGUAUUUUAUCCAGUCGGAAGCUCGUUUUGAACGCCAGUUGGAAUUGGCACGAUAUCUUCACGUUCCAGUGGCCAAUUUACCGGUAUCCGAGGCUCCCGCUCCUGUUUCGUUGACUCCGCCAGAGUCAGGUGACGAGAUCCCAUUGGCUGCCAGUCCGAUCGCAGCAAUCGAACUGGGCUGUGACUUGUUCUACGCACGUCAUCUUAGCAAACAAAAUCAUAUUCUGUGGUGCAGUCCAACAGGUUGUCCUGAUUUGGGUGGAAAAGAGACGGACGAUCAGCGUCUAUUGUUGGAAAUGGAAGAAGCUGGCGUGAUCGAAGUCAAUCACCCUGGGUCGUAUCCGCACGUUAGUGUGGAACUGGAGUUGUCCAAUCUUGCUGUGAACACAAUGCUAGUGGCUAGUCGAAUUCCUGAACUGGAAGGAGCCACUUCGCUCACUUUCGAUCGACUAUCGGCAACGGAAAGACCGCUCGAGGAACAAAUUAACCAAGGCCUCAAUCUGGGUACAAAUAUUACCAGUUACGAUGAAACUGCGGCAUGUAGCGCAGCGUUUCGUGUACUUCGCAACAUGGUGGCCGGCUGGGUUCGUGAUGUGACUCAAUAUCAAAAUCCGUUGGCAGACGAACAGAUUAUCUAUUUUUACCAAUGGCUUCGGUCACCCAGGGCGUUGCUAUAUGAUCCGGCUCUGAGACGAACAGUGCAGAAAUUAAUGAAAAAGGUUUUUCUUAAGUUGAUCGACGAACUGAAUCACUUGAAUGUGGACGUGAUAUUUGCCAACUUCAGUCGCCUGAUUGUGGCAACAAGGCGUCUGGAGUUGUCUGAAGCUCUGGCUCGUGUCGAGCACUUCACAAAUCUGUUACGCACACGACCAGGCACCCUGUUCACACAUUUGGAUUUGCAAUAUGUGGCCAGUUGGCGACAAAUGCUCUGGCUCGACCCGGCAAAUUAUGCGGCUAUCAAGGUGCGUUUGUGA